ACCACAACAAUACCUCUAGACCUUCAAGUCUGCAAUCAACACCUAAAAAAAAUAAACAUCUACAAAUAAUACACAACCUAAUAAUUUAAAUUAAAACUCUAAUCAUAUGGUGAAAAUAAAAGUAAUAAAAAAAUACACUAUAUAUGUAAAUAAAUAUAAAAAAAAAGCUAAAUAUUCUAUCAAAAACUUAGUAAUAUUAGUCGAAUAUAACAAGUGUCAUGAUAGUUGUAAUUGUCUCCCAAAUACUUCAAUUUGUACCUCUUGUAGAGCUUAAAACUCAUAAUUAUCUUAAAAUUCAAAAUACUGUGAAUGCUCCUAAGGUUAUUUUUUCGAUAAUAUUUUAACCGAAAAAUUUCCAAUGUAUUUCCUUAGAUCUAUAAUAAUAAUAAUGUCCUUUAUAAUUAAAAACCAAUUAUGGUUAAAUAAAAGUCCAGACAUAUUCCUUAUUAAUAGAUAAUGAUUAAACUUUGCAAAUAACUUCCGAAAUAAACUGGAAUUCUGCAAAUAUAGCCUCUUAAUGUCGUCAAUAUAGUACUUUGGUAUUAUCUUAUUUCGAGAAUCUUAAAUAUAUGCAAAUACCACCUGAAUAUAUUAAAAUUACAAAUUAAAAUAGACUCCAAGCCUAAAUCCCUCUCAAAGAUAUUACCGAAAAAAACUCUUUAACCCUAUAAACAUUUAAGAACCAAACAAUUUCUCCUUAAAUUUAGGAAUAAUACUCAUAUAAUCGAUAUAAACACCAAAUGCUAAUUAAAAUCAACUCGUUCAUUAAUUCGAAGUGAAAGUUUCGGGUAAAACAGUCAUUUCUUUAGACUAAAAUGUGAUUACAUCUGAAGAUUGUGACCUAAAAUCAACAACUUCUAAAUGCUUUGUAGUGGCUGAUUUAGAUACUCGAGGUUUUAUUUGUGAAGAUAAAUCCUGUUUACAAUAGAAGAAAUUACCUCUUUAUUUCGUUGGAGAAUAACUAUAUCUAACUAUAUUCUUAUUAGACAACACUUACACUAAAAAAUUCUAGCUAAACCAAGUUAUUUUAAAAGUAGAUGAACAAGUAUUUAAUUACACACAAUUACUAACGUAAAUAAUAUCGUCUGAAUAUGGAAAAAUAAUUCUUGCAAUUAAUCUUUUAUAUCCUUCGGUUAAAAGUACUAUUUAAGUUUAUUUAUAUAUUAAUACAAAUAAUGACGCUUCUUUAAGAAAUUUAAAUGAUAUUUAAAUGAAUUAAAAUUUCGUAAAAAAAGAUUUUUAGUUUGUUGUUUUUGAAAAAAAAAUGAUUUAAUAAAAAAGUACAGGUAAUAUAGAUAAUUAAGUAAUAUAAAAUUCUAAAUUUAUUGAUAAUGAAAAUAACGGAAAUUUAUAGAAGUUCUUUAUAUAUAUUUUAUGGACUUUUAUAAUUAUAUUAUGAGAAUAUUCAUUAUUAUAAUUUAUUUUAAGCAUAAAAAAUAUAAAUAAUUAAUUGUAUAAAUUUAUGUUUAACAAUAAUUUAAUAUUCAAAAAUUUAAAAAU